ACUUUACAGUGAGUUUACCACAUCUUUCCUUCCUUUCAUUUCCUUUUCAUUCUCCUUUCUCUCUAAUGUCCACUUUUCCAAAGCUUGGAAACUCCUUUCCCACUCUCCUGUUCUCCCAAAAAGUUUCCAUCUAAAAAUUCUAAAUUCUGUUGCUAAAUUCAGCUCCCAUUUCUCCCAGGUAAUCUCUAAACUUCUCAUUUUUCUUGUUAUAACCUUCAAAUCAUAGCAAUGCAUUACCUCAUUUUGUGGGUAAUUCUUUUGCUAAUUAACCCGAAAUCAUUUGUAAACUGUUUAAAUGAUGAAGGAUUCACACUUCUGUCAUUUAAACAAUCCAUAACUCAAGACCCAUACGGGACAAUGAGCAAUUGGAACCAAACCGACGAAAACCCUUGUUCAUGGAAUGGAGUUACUUGUAAAAACCAAAAAGUAGUUUCUGUUAGCAUCCCCAAGAAGAAACUUUUAGGGUACCUUCCAUCUUCACUUGGGACACUCUCUGAUUUGCGCCAUGUUAAUUUAAGGAGCAACAGGUUUUAUGGGCCAUUACCCCUUAAUCUUUUCCAAGCUCAAGGUCUUCAAAGUUUGGUUUUAUUUGGUAAUUCUUUAUAUGGGUCAUUACCAGAUGAAAUUAGGAAGCUAAAAUACCUUCAAAAUUUGGAUUUGUCCCAAAAUUUCUUAAAUGGGUCUUUACCCUCUUCAAUUCUUGAGUUGAAGAGGCUAAAAAAUCUUGUUUUGAGUCAUAAUAAUUUUAGUGGGAGUCUCCCAAAUGGGUUUGGGAGGGUUUUGGUUACCCUUGAGAAACUUGAUGUUUCCUAUAAUCAAUUUAAUGGGUCAAUCCCAAAUGAUUUGGGUAACUUGUCUAGUUUGCAAGGGACUGCUGAUUUUUCCCAUAAUUUGUUUAGUGGAUUGAUUCCAGCUAGUCUUGGAGAGUUACCUGAGAAGGUUUACAUUGAUCUUACUUUUAACAAUUUGAGUGGACCAAUUCCACAAACUGGUGCUCUUUUGAAUAGAGGACCUACUGCUUUUAUUGGGAACCCUGGUCUUUGUGGCCCUCCGUUGAAGAAUCCGUGUACUUCGGAGUCUUCUGCGGUGUCGCCGGCUUCAUACCCGUAUUUACCAAGUGAUUAUUCACCUCAAGGGAGUAAGGAUAGUGGUGGGAAGGGUAAGGGGAAAGGGCUUAGUAGAAGUGCUGUGGCUGCCAUUGUGGUGAGUGAUGUUAUUGGGAUCUGCCUCAUUGGGUGGUUGUUGUCUUAUUGUUAUACAAGGGUUUGUCCUUGUAAGAGUAAGGAUGAGAAGGGAGGGAGAGAAAGUAGGGAGUGUUUUUGUUUCACGAGAGACGAGUCUGAAACGUUGUCGGAGAACAUUGAGCAGUAUGAUUUGGUACCGUUGGAUUCUCAAGUUGCAUUUGAUCUAGACGAGCUAUUGAAAGCUUCGGCUUUUGUAUUAGGAAAGAGUGGGAUUGGUAUCGUGUAUAAGGUGGUGCUUGAAGAUGGAGUCACCUUGGCUGUGAGAAGACUAGGUGAAGGGGGUUCACAGCGGUUUAAAGAAUUCCAAACUGAAGUUGAAGCAAUUGGGAAGCUUAGGCAUCCAAAUGUUGUCACUAUAAGAGCAUAUUAUUGGUCUGUUGAUGAGAAGUUGCUCAUAUAUGAUUAUGUACCCCAUGGAAGCCUAGCCACUGCUUUACAUGGGAAGCCAGGAAUGGAUUCAUUUACGCCAUUGUCAUGGUCAAUCCGAUUACAAAUCACGAAAGGCAUCGCUAGAGGUUUAGUGUACUUGCAUGAAUUCAGCCCCAAAAAGUACGUUCAUGGUGAUUUAAACCCAAGCAACAUACUGCUUGGACAGGACAUGGAACCUAAAAUCGCAGAUUUUGGACUCGGUCGCCUUGCCAAUAUUGCUGGGGGAACCCCUACCCUACUAUCUAGCAGGAUGAACUAUGAGAAACCCCAACAAAAACAAGCACCAUCUGAAGUUGGUAGUGUGUCAGCUACAACAAAUGCACUUAGUUACUACCAAGCCCCGGAAUCCCUUAAAGCUGUGAAACCGUCACAAAAGUGGGAUGUUUACUCAUACGGGGUGAUCUUACUGGAAAUGAUUACUGGAAGAUCUGCCUUAGUGCAAGUGGGAACCUCGGAAAUGGACGUUGUUGAAUGGAUUCAACAUUGCAUUGACGAGAAACAGCCACUAAUAGAUGUAUUGGAUCCAUAUUUAGCUCAGGAGGCAGACAAGGAAGACGAGAUAAUCGCUGUCCUAAAAAUUGCUAUGGCUUGUGUUCAUAGCAGCCCCGAAAAGAGACCAACAAUGAGACAUGUGUGCGACACUUUAGAACGAUUACCUGAGUUGAGUCCUUAAAGACGUGCGGCGUAUCAAUAAAGUCACGGUCUUCCUUGUUGGUACGUGGAAAUGGAAUCAUCAAAGAUAAUAUUGCCCGUGAACUCUCAGUCAAUCAGUUUGUUGUUACUAUAAGUAGGAUUUAGAGUAGCUGUGGUGCAGUAAAUGUUACUUGUAUUUUGAGUGUGGUUUUUAUGAUACAAAAUUGUAAGUACAUAAUGCCAAAUUUGUUGUCUCAUUCCAUCUUCUUAUUGUGUUUGUAAUCUUAGCAGCAGAAAA